GUCGUCCGAUGAUCGAGUAGCCUGGAUUGAAUCCACGUUUGGCAUCGAUUUAUUCGCUGGGAUCGAUACGGAAUCAUCUGCCAAUCCUCGGAAUCGGUAAAACCGUUCACGGACGGAAUAACAGAGCAAAAAUAAGCGCGACUCAGGCCGAUUUUCGUUGUGCAAUUUGAAGGAGAGACGUCGCCACCGCGUUCACGAAGCGCAUUCGAGAAUCUCGAGGAUCUCUACGCGAAUUUCACGGUCUCCUCGUGUUUGCUGGUGACCUUCGAAGAAGGAAGAGUGGCAAAACGAUGGAUCUUCCAGAACAUAAAAUCAGCACUAAUUUCUGCUAAAAGCCUGACUUCUUAUUUGCUUGUUUCCUCGUAUAGCCUAAAGAUCCUUGGGUAAGAAAUUUCAAAGGAGGAGAAGGAUUUCUUAUUUACGCACGCAGGACAUUUAGAUCGAAGGGUUUCUAAUGAUUAUUCGCAAUUCAUUUUGACUGAGUUUUCGACUUCGAUGAGGAAGAUAACGACGUGGGUAUAUAAGUUAGUUCCAUGUCGGCAAUAAGGUGCCUGCGAGUCGAAGCAUUCGAUCGACGGAGUUGAUGGUUCGUAAUCUUAUUAGAAAAUGAAGACAAUAAAGGCAAAAAAUAAACCUAAAAAAAGCAGUGGGAAAUUCAGGAGAAUGAAAUUUGAGAAUAAGAAUUCAAGUUUUGAAACAAAUCCUGAUUUAACUCAGUUGCGCAAACCUGUUGACCUCAGUGUGUCCAGCUUAUUGCAAGUUUCCAAGCUAUUAAGUAUUGGCAGUGAAGAGGUUAAGGGCAUACUUGUCUAUGAAUGCGACAUCGUCUAUGAGUGCAGAGUUUGCCGGAGCUUAUUUAGAAGUCUUGCCAACCUUAUCUCGCACAAACGUGUCUAUUGCAAAGAAAAAUGUAAUUUAACACGCUACAGGGAUUGCAUAAAAUAUGAUUACACGGUUCAAGACAAGUCGUCUCUAAACAGUCUGCAUGAAAAUAUUGAUGACAUCUUAAAGGAAGCUGACAAUGCCAGGGUAUUGAGAAGUCAAACACCUAAAGUCUCUGGUGUCCCGAAUGGUCCCGACAAAGAUUUAACAUCCAUUGUAGAUGCGAUUCAACAGCAGCAAAAUGAGGAUUCCAAUGAUAAUGUCCUGCCAACUCCAAUAAAUGAAAAGACUGGAAAAAAUUCUAUAUCUAAUAGCGAUUGCAUGCUUUUGGAAGAAGUCGAAUCAAACUGUGUCGCGAUGUAUCAGACAAUGGUGAAACCAUUAGAAGCAAAUGGUCAAAUAACAAGUGAUAAUAUGAAAACUCAAAUAUCAGAGCUGCAAGAGAUGAUGAAUCAAAGUACUGCAAUCCUUGGUACGGAUGGACGAAUUCUGGAGGCAAAUUAUGUGGAAAAGUCUGAUAACCCAUUGCAAUGUUGCAUGGACAAUGAAAUAUCAAAUGAGUCAGUCAACACUCAAAAUCUGGUUUGUUCUAUCUGUAAAGCAAAGUUUGCAACCAAAAAAACAUUGACUUUCCACAUGAAGUCAUUGCACGUGUCUAAUCGAAUGUGUUACCCAUGUCCUUGUUGUUCCAGUACAUUUGCAAACACAUGGAGUGUGUAUCGUCAUCUUUUUAAAGUUCACAGGAAAACGAAUGAACAAGUAAGAAAAUUAAGAGUACAUAUCCAAGAGAAGGCUUUCCGGAAAGAAAGUACCGGAGCUGAGGAUUUAGAGAAACAAUGUGUGUUAGAUACAGCUCUGGAUUCACUACCUUUGGCAGCAACUGAUGAUACACAGGAAUGGAUGAAACACUUGGAGUUGGAUUUGGAAUUGCAACGUUGUGGCGGCUGUGGGAGACGAUUUGAUAGAAAAGUUGCAUUACAAUCUCAUUCACAACGUUGCCAGAGACGAAUCGAUGCAUGUAACGGUGCUGCAAAUAAAGUGAAGAAGAUAGUUAAACCUCUACUGCAGAGUGUGCAUAAAAAUGAUAAACCGUUAGUUGAGGAAGUAGUCAACCAAGUUGCAAUGCGUAAUGAUAAUGUCGCAAAAGCUACAGCAGAAAAAUCUCAGUUAGAAACAGAGGAAACAAAAACUCAAAUUGCCCCUGACAAGGCAAAUAAGGUGCUUUCCGCGGGAAGCGAUGACGGUAAUGAAUUACCCAUUAGAGUACAAAAUGUGUCGUCUCUUAGCAACGAUGCUUGGGAAAGAAUGGGUGCCAAUAGCCCUUUGCUUAAUAGCACCAGCCAUUCGUCGUCUGAAUCUUCAGUUGUCGAUACUAUCUGCGAUGAAAAGGCAACAAUGCAUAGACAACAAUCUUCCCCUAUCAGUGAUUUGUCGGAUUCGCCAGAGAUUAUAUAUACAAGCAUCGACCGAAGUAACACUAUGUCAUUAGCAUUCGGUAACAAAAAGAGGAAAAUUAUGUCUACUACCAAAAAUGAAAGGCUACACGCAAUAGCAGAUAAAAUAGGUGAAAGAAAUUUGGCACUACAAAAUACACUGCUCAAUGUAAAUCGAAGCAAACCUCAAAGUACUUUUGAUUACACUUUGAUCAUGGAAAAAAAAAUGGCCGCAAUAUCUAAUAUUCGAAAACUACAAUGUUUACCGUGCAGGCAAAAAUUUACGUCAAUGGCAAAUUUACGUCGCCACAUGGCUAUUCACAUUGGUUGGAAUCGAUAUCGUUGCAAACUAUGCCCAUUUAAGUGUUUCGUGAAGUGUGAUUGUGUGGCUCAUUGCAAUAGAUUACACAACGCUAAGAAUAAUAGAAGUGUUAUAUCAGAAAUGGUUUUGGAAAUGCCAGAGAAAGAAAUUUUAUUGAAUGCAGGUAUUAAUGUGGAAAAUGGAAGAGCAGACGUAGAGCCUGAAAUUAUCGAUGUGACAUCCUCCACGAUGCAAACUGUCAGUGCAGAAACAAAUAAUACUUUCGGUAUAGAAAGUUCUAUCGAUAAAUCUGCUCUAGAUGUUUUAAUCGAUGAACCUGCAUGCGCCAAUGACGCGAGGAAUGACAUUAACGAGACCGUACACACGGAGGAGGUUGAAAAGGAACAGGAAAACAUGAGCGUUUCUAACGACACCGUGGAAAGUAAUACCGAUAAUCCAAAGGACCCCGAAAAGGACAGUGAAGAUCCUAACAAAAAGAAAAUUGCUGAAUCUACUCAAGCUCAUCGAAACUUGUACACUGAUCCUGAUUUACGAAGAAUGGUCAUGGAAGUCAUUUUUGGCUCAUCUGACUCAAAUUCAAAUAAACAGUCUGCAGAAAAUAAAACAGUGCACGAAGUUAACGGUCAUGAAAAGACAUCGUCCCAAGACGAAGAGAAGAGCAAGGAGGCUGACGAAUUUUCUGAGACUGGAGGUACCAAAGAAGAAAAUGUUUCAAAGAAUACCGAUGUCAGACCUCAAAGACCGGUUCGAAAUCGCGUCAAACCGGUGGAUAAAGACUUCAUUUACGAUCUAAAAGAGCUUGAUUUCCGGAAUAACGUAUCACUGUCCAAGGGAGCAGUUGUAUCCACGAAUAGAUCAGUCGAGAAAAAAUCGCCAAAUCGAUUGGAUGUGCAAGACAAGAAACACGAUAUAGAGAUUACUGAAAGUCAACCUGUGAAGAUUUCUAAAUCGUUAUACGAGAGAAUGUGUUUAGGAAAAGUUUCUGGAGAUACCGACAAGAGGACCAAAGAUGUCGCGGAAAAGAUUGGCAAAGAUGCAAGUAAGAAAGACAGAUUCGUUGUCGCAGGAAAUGGAAUUAACGAGGUUUUCGUUUCCGAUGAAUAAAAGGUUUAUACCGGAGCUCGGGCGGUAAUCCUCUUUCGAAAUUGUCAAGCACGGCUAAUUUCUACUCAAUUACACUUCAUUCUUCAAUGAGAAGCAAAUUAUUUUUGGAAUCAACAUCUUCGGAUUAAGUGUAACUUAUCAUCGUAAUUGUACAUAUAUACAUUCAGAAGUUGUCAGUUGUUCUGUUAGCUAUACGUUGCGAAUUUCAACGUAAGAAAUUUCAGAACGAUAUCCUCUAUUAGUGGAAUACGCAUGCCUCGUAGGAAUUCAGAGUAUCGAAAAGUGCGUAGGGCUGAAAGUUAGUUUCAUAAACUCUGUUUUUAAUGCCGAAUGGUAACGAACGUUCGUUCGUUCGGAGAACAUAUCGAUUUUCCGUUAUAAAUCGUAAACCAUCAACACUUAAUAAUUAAAUUCACUGUUAGAGUUACUUUUUUUCCUUUAAUAUUUCCACGAAGAUAAAAGAUAUUUACGGUUCAUACCGUAUGCGUUUUAUGAACGAUAAAAUAAUUGGUGCAAUUUAUUUUAUGAGCGAAAUGUGCAUUUGCGAUUAUUAAUUGCCCUUUGACGCUAGCUGAUCGUUCCCUUACAUCGAAGUUAACGAAACCGUAUUUUUCGUCAGCAAUUCAUUGCUGACCAUUAAGUUUCACUUUUUUAUCAAUGGUGGUUAAUCGUUUGCACGAGUUUUAACAUCGAGUUAACGAGUUUUCAAAAGCCAUUCGUGUGAUGCUCAUAAACAUAUUUUAACAUUGAAAAUCGGUACAACAAUCGGUCCGAAUUGAUACGUUUCGUUAAAUCUCGAAAUUUCACUUACACGCGUGAGAAUAAAUGAAACAAACGAGUAGCGCAACAGUUGCUAAUAAGUUUAAUUUCGCGUUACGAAUAUAUUUGUAAAAUUUCUGUAAAGCAUCACCUCGGCGUAAUCUGAGUAACGAGAUCGGUGAUUUUUUUUUGCCCGACCGCGUCGUUACGUCGUUCGAGAAAAAAUCGUAAACUUCAUAACGCGUAGAUAUAUUAAAAAUUUGUCGAUAAAUUCUCUCUUAGGAGAAAGACAAUGUACAGUUUGCAGCGUGUACAUGCCGAAGAUGUCCUUGUAUAAAUAUGUACCACAAUAAAGUUAAC